ACGACUAAGCUAAAGUUUUAGCCUUUUAGGGUUUCUCACCAUCAUUUUCAAUUGAUCUAAUUUACUUAAAUUUUAAAAACACGGAAGGAGAAGGAGAUGAUAAGAAGUAGAAAGCAACUUCUCGAUGAACCUUUGAGAAUGGAUGUGGGAGAUGAUAGGAUUAGUGAAUUGCCUGAUUCCCUCAUUCAUCUUAUGAUAUCAUUUCUUCCCAUAAAAAAUGUGGUUCGGACCGCUGUUUUAUCUCGAAGAUGGAAGAAUCUUUGGUUAUCUUUUCCCUUCCUUGAUUUUAGUAAAUGGAAAUCUCCUACGGUUAUGGAAGACGAUGAAGAAGAAGAAGAAGCUGUUGUCUUGGAGACCGAGAAGUUUAUGAAUUUCUUGGACAGAUUAAUGAUUCUUCGCAACAUGUCAUACAUACACAAAUUCUGUCUCACCUGUGACAAUGAAUACUUUGAUGAGAACCGGGCAAAGGAAUGGAUCACUACUGUGGUAAAGUGUAAUGUUGAAGAGCUCAUUGUUUCCAUGUAUUUCUCACUUGACAUAGUUUCAGCUGAACUUUUCACUUGUGGUUCACUGACUAAAUUGGUCAUUGAGCUUCCAGAAACUACUGAAGCCGAAUUAAAGCUUCCAGAAUCUGUUUCUUUGCCAAGAGUUAAGAUCCUUGAGCUUUCGGGUUUUAUAUUUCUGGAUGAGAUGUCUACUCAACAGCUCUUUUCAAAUUGUCCGGUACUUGAAGCAUUGAGUUUUUACUAUUGUGCUUGGGAUGGGAUAAACACCAUAAGUAUUUUAGCUCCUAGACUGAAGUCAUUUAUCCUAGUUGGUGCUACAACAAGUAAAAUGGAGUUUGUCAAGCUUAAGAUUGAUGCACCAAAUCUAAAGUUCAUCAGAUACCACGAUUCGGCACCAGUGGAGUUUGUCACUGGGAGUUUUCCAUCCCUAGUUGGUGCAGGUAUAUGCUUAUGUUAUUCAAAUGACGACAGCUUGGAUCCGUUAUCUAAUUUUUUGGUGAAGCUUUCCAAUGUACAGCUCCUGAAAUUAUCAUGUGGCGCCUUUCAUGUUAUUGAGUUUGCAAAUGUUCUCUCCACAAGUUUCCCUACCCUGGAUAGUUUGCUCUAUUUGGAAAUGGUGGACUAUCAAGUUAGCACAAUACUCAAAUUUCUACAAUUCUCUCCGAAUUUGAUUACACUCGUCAUUGAUGAGGUUUUUUAUAUUGACAAUGAGGAUGCUUUAGCAUUAGAUACAGUGCCUCAUUGCUUGUUGCUACACCUCAAGUCAAUUGAAAUUCAAAAGUUUGAAGGGCAACCAGAGGAGCUGAACUUUGUUAAAUAUAUUUUGGGGAAUGCCAGAGUUCUUGAAAAGUUGAUUCUUGAAAGUGAAACUACUUCAGGUUCUUUUGUAGAUUUGAAGAAGAAAACAGAAAUCAUGGAGCAGUUACUAAUAUUUCCGAGGGCUUCAGCAAAUUGUGAGGUCAAGUAUUCAAGUUCCUAAUUCUUUUUCUUCAGAUUUUUAAGUGGAGUUUCAGUAAUGUUUUAAGGUUAAAGGAUAGUUUUACAUGUUAUUCCAAUUCAGAAGAACUAGAGUACUAUUCUUUUGGUUUUUGUUUAAUACUAUUAAGAUGCAUAUUUUCGUUAA